UCAUUGAUGACUUUGUGUACUGGGCACGAGACGAGAUCGCGGCCGGCCGCGGGCCGAAUGCGAUGGAGGAGGAUUGAGCGUGUCGUGUGAGCUUUUGCGGUGAUGCACAAGCAUGGGGUCGGCGGCAAUGGGAACCGGACAGGGUGAUUUUAAGCUACCGCCGGGUGGAGCCGGUCAAGGUGCUAUUCGCAUGUAUCCGAGAUCCAACCAUGCUCUCUUACAAUACAUGCCACAUUCGACGCGAAGUGAUUCUCAAGGCGAUUCUGCGACUGAUACAAUCACGAGAAGUAACCUGGCAAUAUGGAUUUGGUUCAAUGCAUUGGCACGUGACGGAUAGGAACACACAGCCCCGGUGCCACAUACAUUUGGCACAAAGGCUUUCGUUGCCGCCAGCUACGCGUCGGCACUCCUGUCGCUGUCUCGCGGCAUCUGGCCGGCCAUCUGGCACACUGCUCCUGUGCCUACAUGUAACACCUCUCGCAGCUUGCUCUCCCAAGAACCAACUCAUUAGCUCCCUGCCUUGGCCAUCAUCAAUACUAUUCAACCUCCCCCGGCUUCUCUACACCCCCUUCACCUCACGCCUUCCUUCACGACCCUCCUCGGCCUCUCUCUCCCUCGUUCCCCUUUCCGUCCCCUGCCGGCUCCACCCUGCUUCUCGUGUGUGUCGUCACGAGGGGAGGCAGAGCCGCUCCCUCUCCCGAACGCGCAAUCGUCACUCCUCUACUCUCAAUUCUCGUACGCCUAACGUCAGUUCUAACAUCCAAGAGUAGAUGGUGGGAUAGCGGCUCGCUGGCGAGCAGCUCUUCGACCACGACCUCCGAAAUAUAUCCGUCUUCAGGCUUUGAAACUCACGCACUUUCAUUGGGCGAUCGGAUUCGCGCUCACGCUUUGCACGCCACUGGCACGGGG